AUGGGAUUAGGAGAUCUAAGACACGACGAUUGUUCUGAAUACGAUCCCCUGAUGUCGCACUGUUAUAAAAGCAACGGUACCGAAUUAUGUCGAUGUGAUAGCCUCGGUUACCACCAUCAGCUUUGUCAUAAUCACGAUUACAAUGGCAUUGGGCCUCCUCACCAACGCAAUAGUGGCUCCAUUAGCCCAAGUAGCAUUGUAGAUGGCAACAGCGAUGACUCCGAUGAUUGUAAUAUUAAUUCUCAUCAAUUUACGUAUCGCUGUAUACAUUGCCCGCAUCGAUUAUGCAACGAUUCACCUAAAAAUGGAUCUACAGUAAACAAUAACUUAUUACAACUUGAAAAUGAGAUUUUGCACUGUAAUUUUAAUGCACCAGAAAUGUUAUAUCCAGAUAACAAGCAUACUAACUCCAAUAUAAAUUACUUGAGAGACGAUAACCCUAGCAAUGGUGACAAGAAAUUCCAAAAGUACCAAUCUACUCAAACAACGAAUGAGAUGGAUACACUAUUACUAGACGACUAUGUAGAAAUUAUAAUUGACCAAAAUAACUUUAGCCAUCAUGAUAAUGACCAUCAAGAAGAUACACCUUUAACAAAUUUCAACUAUGGCAACGAUAGGAAACAUGAUCACCAAAAUACAAGUGUAGAAAUUGAAAAAGCGACAAACAGUGACGAAGAAUUGCGUAGUUGGAGUGAUGUAAGUGAUGAUGAUGAUGAUGACGACGAUAACCAGUCUCCAGAAGCUUUAAUUAAUCACGAAGAGCAACAAGAAAUAUGGGAAUCGUUCGCAACCAGCAGUUUGUCUAACCGUCUAACGUGUUGUACAAAAUCUUUAAAUAAUGGUAUUAUCUCAGUAGGUGAAAGGUCAAAAAAAGAAAACCAUCAAGAUUAUCGUAAUAAAAAUGAUAGUCAGCCUGACAGUGUGAAUAAGGCAACAGGCUCUAGUCGUAACGUUAUUGGCUUAGAUAGCAGAUGUAAGUUAAAGUAUGAAGAAAAGAUGAAAUUACGUGAAAAAGACAAUCAUAAUUGGAGUGAUGACGAUGAUAGUAGUAGCCCUUCUAGACCAACUCGUGUACAUUUCAAACCUGGUAAACAGUUAGAGGAGGUUCAUUUGAUGGUUACUUGGAAUUUUGCUUACAGAGCUGCAAGAAAGGCUACUUGGUGUCAGUAUCGCAUCGAUCAUAUUCGAUUCUUGAAUAGAAUUAAAAAAGUGGAAGAAGCGAUACGAUACGUUUUCCAACCACAACAUCGUGAAAAAAUGCUUCAGUACAUUACAUUAUCAGCGCAAUAG